AAUGAAUGCUGAAAAUACAGGUUUAAAUUCAUGCCGGUCCUUGAUAGGGAGUGGUUCUGUAGUGUAGACUAUUACAGGGGAGACCAGGGUUGGUUGUUUCACAGGUUUGUUUUCCAAAUAGUAAUUAUACUGCCAAAUAGACAAGCACUGACUCACCAUGUUCACACCAAACGUUUGAUGCCGUGCUGGUUUCUUUUUGGACAAACUUGGAGGCAGACACUAAACGCUGAGGUGAGAGGACUUUUUGUGGUCUUAAUGAGUCAGAGUACUUUUUCAGUUAAAUGUUGCAGCUAGCAUUAAAACCUAGUCCUGGGUCAGGUGAGGACAAUUGUCUAAGUGUAUGACAGCUGUUGUCAUGCAUUUACUUAAGUUCAUCUUAUUAAUAGAAAAAGUUGGUGAUAUUAUUUGGGCUACUUUUAAGGCUAACUGUAUGAGUUCCUCUUGAUAUUUUUAUUGAAUAAGUUUAUGAAACCUGGCAUUGCAAACUCCAAAAAUCUAUAUGAUAGUGUGUAUGGUCUCAAAUGCUUUUGAUAGAAGACACACAGACACUGAGUAACUCUCUGAGUGAAACGUAUGACUACCAACCUCUGUGUCCCAUGAUUACUUGCUUAUUUCUUUCUCUUGUCUACAACACCAGUUUCAACUGAACUUUAUUUAUACAGCACCUUUCAUAGAUAACAGACCACCAGCCAAAGGUGCUUAAUACCCAAGAAGACUAAUAUCAGUACAAAAAAAUUGAAUUCAUGAAAAACCAAUUAAAACAAGUAAAAGUUAAGCAAAACAAAAAUAAAUGUACAGUUUUUCUCUGGCUGCUUUAGCACCCACUAAAAUAUUUUCUUUCUGUUUUUUCCUCCUUCAGUUUUAAAAAGAUCUUAAUCAUCCAGAGCCGAACCAAGGCAUAAGCAAACUAAGCACCUGCUUAGGGCCCCGCGGCCAGUAGGGAGCCCCCAAGACCAAUCAAAAAAAAAUAAUAAUAAAUAUUUUUUAUUUUUUUGCAUGUAUGAGUGAUGCUUUCUGUAUGAUCAAAUAUAUAUUAUUGUAGAAAUAAAAUAAAAUAAAGUAAAAACAUUUUAGUGCUGCUGCUGAUGUAGGCCUUUGAUUCUUACUGCCGAUAUGUCAAAGCUCUGCUACAGUUAUGUGCCUCCAGCUGUGCAAUGUGCACUGAGCAUCCUGAAUUUGUUAUAUUUUGAGAUUAAAAACCAUAUGUGGCACCCUGAACAUUAUUCAUCAGUCAUUCACUGGUAUUAUUUGUAUGGUUGCAUUGGUAUUAUUUAUUUUAUUACCUAGGCCACCCCCUUAAAUGACUAAAGACAUGUCAGGUGCAUUAAAUUUAUACUAUCGUAGGUGUGUGAAUGAUCAACAAUCAAUAUUAUUGGCAGAAAUGGAGGGCCCCAAAAUCAAAUUUUGCUUAGGGCCCCAUUGAGGCUUGUGCCGGCACUGUAAUCAUCCACACAUCAGUGUCUGUAAGACAGGGCAGAAGACACCAAAGUUCAUUUGGGUCACUUGGACAGGAAGAUAAGGACAAUUAAGAUAUAAAUGUAUUAUUUGAUCAAUAAAAUUACAUAAAAAUAAACAUCCCUAAUGCCAAAGCCGAAGAAAUCUAACCAACAGACCUCCGAGAACCAAAUGUCCUCCUCUUUGUUUCUCAAGAUUUAUUUUCGUGAUGCACGUCCGGUUAUCAGCGGACAUCGCUUGGCAAUGUAGAUUUGCCUGUAAAGUGCUGAAUUAAUUCCUGCUAAAAUGUGUUUAAACUGUAUUUUCAAGCUGCCGGAGGAAACAUACAUCGGAAAAUAGUGUAAAACCUUCUCUAGUGGCAGAAAGAGACGCUCUGUUUUGGGGUAAGCUUUAGCUCUGCCGUUCUUAGCAUCAUAAACUAGCUCUAGCUGCUAACAUCAUCGCAGGUGAACGAGCUUUCUUUCUCUCUCUCUGUUUGUUCAACUCCCAGGAAAAUUCAAGUAAAAGUGCUGCAAUCUGCUAUGAAAGGGCUGCGAUUGAAAAUGUAUAUUUGCACGGGUUAUGUUUUAAAACGAAACAGCCACUCCUUUAUUUUUAUGUCAGUCUUUAUUCAACCUGCCAUGAAGCUUCAUGUUCUGAGAAUAAAAUCAGUUAUUCCUCAAUCUCUAUUUCCAUAAAAGAGCAACCAUAACAAGGAUAUGUUAGAAAGCUCCCUCUGCCUCUUCUUUUGUUGUUGUUGAUUGUCAUGAGGUUGGCCUGUGUCUUUCUUGCAGUGUUGUUGUGCCUUCUCAAACCUUCAAUGAUGAUGGAGCGAAGAAAAGCCUUAACCAUCCCCUUCACACUCAACAAGGAUAACAGGGUAUGCUUCAAUUCUGCGUGUAAAACAUGCAGUUUUCAGGCCACACUUAAAAAUGUGAUGCUUGUUUUGCUCUGUCCUUAAAUGAUACAGAUCUGACGCUUGCUUUGUUCUCGCCAAAUGUUGCUCUUUAUGUACCAUUGCAGACUCUUUGCGAGCUGGCUUUGCUUUGUGAUUGCUUACAUGCACGCUUACUUUCCACUUUAAUGCCAGUCUGUUUAGAAGUAAGCAUUUCCUCAUUAAUAAAAGUACUGGAUCACACCUGAGGCAUGAGCAACAGGAACCUGUUCAAUUUCAUAAUCAAAUCUGCUAAUUACCAGAACUUUAUUCAACAAAAUCUGUUGUGCAAGUUGUUCAGACGUGUAUAGAAUAUGAAAAAUUACACUGUGUAUAAUAUCGCGUCUAAUAAUCAUGUCCUAAUCAACUGUAUAGACUGGAAAUAACACAACUACAUAACAAACAACAUAAUUGAAAAAGAAGGAACUAGAAGUUGACUGAUGACAGCUUUUCAGCAGCAAAAUUUAAUACAUAAUGUGAGAGCAGUUUGGCCAAUAUAUAAUCCUGUUUUCUUUCUUGUUUUGUUCCAGUCAACAGAAUAUCUAAUAAUACUAACAAAUAAAAAACAAAAUGACUGAAUGUAAUAAACAUUUGAUUAUAUAAAUGUAGUUAAAAUAAUACUCAUUUCACAAACAUAUUGUCACAUAAGACUGGAGGAUUUAUACCAGCAACCUGAAAUUGUUGGAAGAGAAAAUAUUAUAAUGUAAACAUUGAAGAUAAAAACGAAAGUUAUUUCCAGAUUUAUUAUCCACACAUUCAAGUCUGAUAUACAUGGGCUUCUUAGCCUUUAACAUGUGUUUGAUGAAUAAAUAAUCAAUAAGUGACAAAGAUUUUAAGACAUACUAAAGAUGUCAUAAACUGGUCGAUUUUGUAUUUUUUCAUACCUCCUUGAUAUAGUUUAAGUCAAAACACUAAGUUGCUUGUGAUAGAGUGGUAGAAUACUAUAGAUGAUAAAAUACUAUUUAAAUAAAUGAAAUACAGUUUAUCUUGAUAACACUUGAAUAAAUUUUGUUUGUGAUCAACUUUUUAUCAGAAUUUAAGAACAACAGUCAUCAUUCAACAGCACAUAUAAAUAAUUACAAGUAAUUGUAACCAUGUGCGUAUCCAUGUACACACACACAUACAGUAAAUUUAUUAUUAUUAAUAAUAAUAAUAAUAAUAAAAUGAAAGCGUAAAAAUAAAAUGGAUAUAACAGAAAAUCAUAAAUAGUAACAUACAAAAGGCAAAUAAACAAAAUACAUAAAAUAACACAAAUGCAAAAGGAAAGAAAAAAGUGCCAUUGAAGUAUAACCUCACAAGAUCUAUUGAACGGUUAAAUGUCAACUAUACAUUGCAGAACCCAGUAAAAAACACUGACAGGGAACAUAAACCAAAGCAAACAGGACCAGAGGGGAAGGGGGGAGGAGAGAAACUUGAAUUAUUAAAAAUUUAUUAUUUAUUGAAUUGUGUUAGUUUCCUAUCUUUUACACAUCUGUCUGAAAAAUAAAUCUGUAAGUCACACAUUAGAGGUGUCUACAAAUUUCUCCCUCACAAUUUCAGAGUGCAUCUGUUGAUUAUGGUUUGGUAUUACAAUCAUUAUCUUUCACGGGAGGGUCUCUGCACACAGUUUUGAAAAGAAAGUCUUUGCUUAUUUUAUUAUAAGGCAAGAGAAAUUCUGCAUUACAUGUUUUUUCUACAUAGACAGAAUCAUCUAUAUUGAAAGAGGGGCAAUGGUAUGGUCAGGGUGUCUAAAUAGCUCUUAGUGCAUUUUACUAUCCAGUAUUAACCCCCCGAUAGUAGUAAAGAGAAACCCAGGUCAUCCAAAUAUAUGCUUUGUGAUAAAGGCUUAUGAAUCAUUUACUCAGUUAACCUUGUUUUGCAUUUUUGAACCUGCAUGCUAUAGAAACUUUGCUGGAAUAAUAAAAGCUGUACCUACAACAUGCUUGCAAACACACACAUUCAAUUAAAGAUCAGCGUAAUUGCUUUGCUUUGGCUCUUGCUCUAUCAGCACAUCCUUGAGGUUGUUCAAAAGCUUAUGGAUGUUGCAUUAACUCAUUCAAGCCUGGUCAUUAACCAUUCUGUGAAUUGUAGAUGGGAAACCCUCUCAAAAUCCCCAUCACACCUCACUCAUCAGAUUGUGGAAAGUUAGAAAAACAGGUACUCAACAUCUGUGCUGUCUGACCACAUGGAAAAAUGUUAUGUAUGAAACGUGGCUGCUCAUUGUCUUUCAUUCUCCCAUUGUUAUUUUACUGUUUGCAGGUUUCUUGGACUGCUUUUGCAGGUUGCAAAAUCAAACAGUGUGAUUCACUGCAUAAAAAUGGAUCAAAGCUGUUUGAUCACCACCUCGCUAUCAUGGAAAGGUAAGCAGGCUCUGACCUGAGAGAUAUUCUUGCUGUUGGUAAUUUAAUUAAACAUUGGACUGUUAUUCUAUGUAUCAGAAUCAGAAUAACAAUCAGGGUUGUUACAGACUAAUUUUACUCAUUCGAGAAAUCAAUUUAUUGUGUUACGUGGAAACAGUAAACAUAUGAUAAAUCGACCUUCAAGUUCAGGCACUUGAUUUUUCAAGCUUUGUGCCUUGUAAUAGUGGAGAUUUCCACUGCCUUGCUAUUUAUUGUCUGACUGAUCUCUGCUAAAAUCCAUUUAAAGCUCCUGUGAGGGGCUUUCUGCUUUCUCUUGUGAAAAAAUCAGCAGUGUUGGAAACACUAAUAUGUUACACCCAUCUCAUAGUGUUUCAUCUUCCCUCUGUCUAAUAGCUGAACACAGGGAGCAGGUGGUUGUGCUCCAGUUAAAGUUAAUGUGACAUAAUUUGCCUCUGCAGUUGCCAAACUCAUCAUUCAUAAUUUAUUAGCAGAAUUAGGUUGGUAAUUAAACAAAACUUGAAUCAUAUUCAAGCACAACAAAUGCUUAAGUCUGCUUUUGUCAUGCUGUGAGUAUCGAGCCAAAAUAAACCCACAGAAGUAAAUGUAGGAUCUUCUGUUGCAUGUGUGGUAAGUCUUUAUUUUGCACUACUUGUGUGAAACUCGAUGCAUAAGCACUGAGGGGAAACUUAUCAUGCUUCUACACAUGGCUUAUCUACAACUAGAGACAUGUCAAACCCCUCCCACUUGAGCUGCUGCUUUACAUAAACUUUGACCUGCAUCGCUGAGGAAUCUUUAAGUAACAUUAUCAAGUGGAAAUGAUGCCGAGAAGACACGGCUUAAGGAGAGCCUGCUUACCUGUUUUUUCUUUCAGGAGGAAACCCUUUGUGAUCCUGGAAGAUGUCCUAAAGACAGAAAAGGGAAGGGAUUUCAUUGAAAGGAGAAAACAGAGCCGCAUGAUGGGGAAUCGUAGACACCUAUCAAACACGCAAAAAGAGAGUGGACAGAGCAGAGAGGAGCCCCUGACCUGCAGAGAACCAAGGUCGAGUCAGACUCCUGAUGUCAAGGCUGGUAGAAACAAGACAGCGACUCUGAAACGCAACCUGAAGACCCCCUCCUCGUCCUCUCCAAGGUAGGAAUUAAAUUUGAAAUGAAUUUUAUGAACAGCAUUGUCAUAGAUUAUUCAAGCCUUUUUUGGGUCCUGGGAUGUCAAGUGGCUGCUAAAUCCUCCUUUGGCAUCAGUAGAACUCAACUUUAGCGCUUUACGAUUUCAGCAGCUGAACAAAAACAGUCAAAAAGACUGAGAGUUAGACGGGUCUGUAUUUCUCUAGAUGUCUUGUUCCAGGAUCUGGGUAUUUCCUCCCUCUUCUCCAAAAUAUAUUUCACCUUGUAGAUCCUCAUCCUGUGCUCUGUUGAGACCCUCAAGUUUUGGUGGGUGAGAUUGUCUCCUAAGACUGUAAAAUUGAGAUGCACCACCUCUAACCCUUUGGUUGCCCUGUCCUAGUUUUACUAACUUUGAUUGAAGUAACAGGGGGAGUUAUCGUUUUGUAGACAUUAAGCAGCUCCUCAAAUGCAAAUGUUUCCAAAAGUCUUGUUUAGGGGUUCUGUAUUUAGUAACCAGUCCACUCGUGGUAGGUUCGGGCCUCUAUCUUCCUUCACAGGAAGAUAGAGGGCCUCCCCAUUAAAAUGUAUGUACUGCUGCAUUUUUUUCCAGGCAUACAUUUUUGAAUUUGGAAUAAAACCACAUUAAAGGUUUAACAGCAUCAGAAUCUUGGUAAAAAAAAAAAAAAGUGUCAUAGUUUGUGUUUUUGUAUUAAAUCCUUGAAUUUUUGGUGGCUCUGGGGUAAGGUUGAUCAACUUCUUUGUUGUGAGGUUGCUGUAAACGACAUGAACUGUGAUGUUUUUUUUUCCUCUUUUGUCUUCAGGCAAAGAACCAGGAAAAGGUUACAAGACUCCUUUGAAGAGGAAGACAUAGAAGAGCACAAAGACAUCAAGGAGGUCAUAAUAGGCAAGGACAUCGAAGAGGAUGACAAGUUUGCUGGAGUUGUAGGUGUGUGAACAUGAUGAAAUACAGACACAGUUACUGUUUACAUGCUGCUUGUUGUGUCUGCUGCUGUUCAGUUCUGCUGUCAUUUCAAUAUGAGUUUUGAAAAAAUGCCCCAAAAUAAUCUGUUUUUCAUUCGAAGUGAAAAAUUGAAUGUGAAGCCUUUUAGAGUUUGGAACAUUUAGAUGUAAGAGCCGUGAAAGUCCUUCAAACAUGCCUUGACUUUCUCACUUUCAUUACCUCCUAAGAGCAACAUGCUGACUGUGUCUCCUCACUGUGUCAAUGGUAAUGCGGUGGUUCUUUUAAUGAGACGGCUACUCUGAAAUGUUGGAAAAAUCUAGAGUUCUAUAAAAUGAAACUCAGUGAAGUUUUCUCAGCUUUCCUUUAGCGAGGUUAUUCCAGUUUCAAACGGACCGUUUCUGUGGUUGCCUGGUUUUCAGGCUUUGGUUAUAUUUGUCACGGGUGACUGUUUCUCUCUCUUGUCAGAUUGUGGGUUUUCAGUGAGCUGGGAGCGUGCAGAAGAUACAGGAAGUUGCGAUGAGUUCUCCCCAGAAAGAAUCAAAGACAGAUUGAGUGAUCCGGAAAAAGAAGUACAACAUGGCGUGGUGAGCCUCUUGGUGACACUUGAUAUAAUCCAUAAGCACAGAUCGCUAUGGGAACAUACCUUUAACCUGUCAUACGAGCCGAGUCAUGUCUAUAUAAACCCUCCAUUUACUCUUCAUGCUACAGCUGAGUUGCUGUUUUCUGUAUUAUUUCCAACAGAGGAGAAAAAGAAAGGAAGUGCCGUCCCAGUGUAACGGGACAAGCAGCCCCAAACGCCACCGUGAGAGCGUACUUCGCCUCACCGGAGAGAGCAGAGGCUCGACUCAAAUCAGUCUGGAGGAAGAGAGUGAAGUAAACACUGAUAUAGACGGCUUCGACCACACUAUUGUUCAGUUCACAGUGGGAGGAGAUGAUCCGACAGAGGUUCUGCUCCCAAACCUGAGUCCUCAUUUGGAGUCUGGAGACGUACACAGUACCACAGGCCAGGACAACACAGCCCAGACAAGUCCAUCUGAACCCAGUGAGUACAAAACAACAGGAGGAUUUUCUGUCAAACAUAAAUACUCUUUUCAUGUUGUUUUGGUAAGCUAAAAUCGGUUAAUUUGUCAGUCUAUAAAUAUUUAAAAUGUUUGAGGCCUGGAAAAAUAUCUUUGCAAACGCAGAAGUUUUAUUUUUUGUGGCUGGUCGUCAUUCAGUGAUCCUACUAACAGAAUAACAAACAGACAAACUAAGGCAAACAAAAACCGACCUUUGGUAGAAGUUAUAACCAAGGUCUCUGUGUUUGGACUAAUUAACAACAUCUAAGUGGAUUUUCCCUCUCAGACGUUUGGCUCCAGUAUCUUGUUUUUGACAUCAGCCUACCGUACAUGGUGUUUGUUUGUUUUGUUCUGUUUGUUGUGGCUGGGCUUGAAGGUGUCCUGCCUCUUACCACUUACUGUUUGUCUUCUUUUGAGCCUACCCGAUUGUCUUUUCCAGGAUUACAACUAUCCUAACCUGCCGUCAAAGCCCAUUAUACCUCCUUCAUGCUGUGCCAAUCAAGGGCAUGACAGUUCUUGGUCGUGUACUUGUGUUUGAAAACAAAAAUCUGAGUAUGAUUUAAAAGAUAAACUCACAGUUUUCUUUACACCUGUUUUUCAGUUGUGCUUUCCAGUGAUGAUGAAGAGGGCAGUGAGGUUCCUGUGCGCUGCAUUCAGGAACUGGACAGACCAUCACCUGUGGUGGACCCAGUUAUAGAGAGGCAAACCUCAGAGGAAACUUUUGAGGUGAGUCCUCAAUAAUAUGUAACAUCACAGAACAACGGCCUUAUAUGCAUCAUUGUUGUCACCGAGUAUUUUUGUGCAAAGAAGAGGCACACAGUUUUUACCUGUUGAGUGUCCAGGGUUCACUUUAACAUCCAAGACUUUAGUUUUGGUUUCAGGGACUUUAAGUCUAAUGCAAAUGUUGAAAAUCAAAUGGAUUAUACAAAAAAGAUCCUUUUUUAAAAAUCUCACUGUGCAUAAAUGUUCAAAGGACAAUGCCCAGAAUUAUGUUAAUGAUUUCAAAAACUCAAUGAGAGAGCAUGUUGAUAUGAAGGCAGAGUAAUCAAUUACUAAACAGGGAGGUUAUAUAGAGAUCAGAGGAGUAAAGUUACCGACAGUGAAAAUGUAAUUCUUGGUGCCACCACAAGAUGGUAGCAAAGUCAGGGAUUUUUCAAAUGCUGCAGAAAAUAGAUUGUAGAAUUACAAAAGUAGUAUCAUUAGUGUUGUAGUGUUGAUCAUUACUUGCCCUUCUUAGUGUCACUGUAGUUAGUUAGUUGAACUCUUUCUGUGUUUUUCUCUUUCUGCACAAACCUCAAGCAUCUUUUUCCUGGGUAGCAGGUGAUGAGUGUAAUCGUCGAAGAUCUACCUGGUUUAGUCUCUGUGAUCCCCCCUGUGGACUGCCUCUUAAACGUCCCCUUCUCCACGCUGCACUGUGGGGGCCUCAAAGGGAAAUCCAAUGGAGACAUGAUGGUAAGCUGUAGAAACCUCUGAUACUCAGGUUUUGUUGAUGGCACACAUUCUGUUUAACAUUUCUGUGCUGUUAACCGUCUUCUUGAUACGUUUUUUUCAGAUUAAGGCCGAAAAAAUCAUCAUCCCACUGACAGGUAAUACUCUGACUUCUUUGGUCUUUUUUUAAAAUAAACACUGAAGCGUAACAACACUGUCUGUGGAGCAGCUUUAGCCCUACCUUUGACCUCUGGUCUGGGUUGUAUUUACUCCAGCCCAAGAGGAAGCUAUCUCAUCUUGUUUUGGUGGAGCUGUCUGCACACCAUCCACUCCCAGAUUACUGGUCUAUUUAAAAUGCUAAACUGUGUGUGUUGGUGGAUUAGGCCCUCUAGGCUGUGGUGCACUCUCACCUCUGAGCCUGUGAAAUCUCCCCUUUGAGGAUCUAAGCUGGUUGUUCUUUGAGAUUUGAUCUUUGCUGUCUGUGUGUGUAAGAAAUAUGUCUCAUGUUUAUUGAACAAAAAAAUUCAGCUAUUCGUUUAGUUUUAACAUGACAGGACAAAACGAGCAACAGUGUCAUGGAGAUACAAGUUUAUGAUAAAGCUUAUUUAAAGUUCUGGUUACUUUAGCACCAAGAUUUUGGAAACUUCCUCUGUGUUUUAGGGGAAGAAGUUAGAAAUGCCCUGCUGUCCAACUAGCACUUUAAAACCAUUAUUGAUGUUUAGAUAUCUCUUCAGAGGAGUCUGUCUAUCGUUACACUACUGUACUGUACUGACUAGGGGUGUCCCGAUACAACUUUUUACCUCUGAUACGAUACAAUACAGAUAUUGUAGCCUUUAGUAUUGUUCGAUACUGAUAUUGAUCCAAUAUUAGCACAAACUUGUGCAUGACAAGUUUUUUACUCAGCUGCAGCGUCUUUUUCAGACUUUUAUGAAAAAUACUGCCACACAGCUGACAUCACUCCUACUCCUUGGUACUUUGUUAGUACCUUAGUACACACUGUUGUUGUGAUCACAUGGGCUCUACAUGCUGGAUAUGAGUGCUGCUAGAUAGAGGUACUGGAGCGAAGUCUGGAAUGGACUGCUCGUAUCGGAGUGUUAAUAUCAGAGAUUUUAGAUGCAGACUGAUUUAAUCCGAUAUUUAAUUUUUUUACGAUAUCGGAUAGAUAUCCGAUAUCAAUAUUGAAUAUGGACAACCCUAGUACUGACCCGGGUAUAAGACAAGUCUGAUAAGAGAACCCACUCUUUCAGGACUCCCUUAAAAAAUUAGGAGAAAAAUGUUACGCUUUUAAGGAAAAUAAUAAGUGAUCAAUUAAAAGAUUGUUGUCAAAACCCUUUAAGUAAUAUUAUAUUUUCAACAUCUUUUCAAAUCAAUCAAACAAAAAAAGUUCUGAAUAAAAUUUAAAGCUCCUGUGAGGAACUAUUUGACUUGUGUCAGUUGGUCUCUAUAGAACAGAGUCAAUAAAAAUGAUUUAAAAUGACUCAAGUCAAUAUUAAAAAGAGUAGUAAGAUACUUUGGUGUGCUCCCGGACAUCUGUUAUUCUUCCUAAUGUAUUUUCAGACAUUCCUAGAAGCCUCAGCUUUUCCUUGUGCUAAUUGGCAAAUGUGAACAUGCUAAAGAAGCCAAACACAAAUUCCAUCUGAGGUGAACAGUAAAGCCAAUCACUUCAGUCAUCUGUCAGUCAAUGAGUCAGUCAGUCCAGCUGUCGAUCGUAAUUCAAUCAUUCAAUCAAUCAGUCGGUUAAUCAGUUAAUCAACCAAACAUGCUUAACUUAAAUGGUUCGCAUAGUAAACAUUGGACGCUUACCAUCUGACAUGAACACAACAACUCCUGCGUUCAGUCAUCUUACCUUGUUUUCAAUCUGUGUCUUUCUAUUCGGUAUUUGCUCCUGAAGUUAUGGCCAGUCAAACCUCACUAGUGUGCGCUGGGAUGUCGGAUCAGAAAAAACAUCAUUAUAGGAUGUCCCCGUUUUUGAUGCAGUAAAGCUUAAAUUCAGCCCACUUGAACAUCAACACAGAGGAGUAAGUCUGGAUUGGAUGGGACUUUAUCUGGAUUAGAGAAGAAAGUUGCUGAGACUCUAUUUUUUUGUGUGUAAUUCAGUAUUUGGAUAAAGAUAAAGACACUUACACUUAAAUAGUAUGAAUAUAUAAAUACAGUGAGUAUCUCUCAUUGUAUUUAUAUAUCUGCUUUGUCGAGAUAAUGUUGGGGUUUAUGCAGAGUCUGAAAUUAGCAUCAAAUGUGAGCCGACAUAAACAAACGAAUACUGAUGCUCAUAAAUGCACACAGGGAUGCCAGCCGCCAAACGCCACGUCAGUGUUGGCCGACCUGCUGCAUUUGUCAUUUUUUCAGUAUCAAGACUUUUUGUUUGUCGUUUUCAUUUGAUACCAACUCUCUGAGCUGCUAAGCUAACCUUGUAUGGUUUCCCCUCCAGACCCCAGUGAAAAGGUGGAAGUGGUGCUGUCCUAUCAGCGUAAGGAGCUGGGGAGGUUCAGUAUCUGGAUGCAGGAUGACAUGAAGGCUCAGGGGCUUCACUUCAAGGACGACAAGGACCCCUUCCCUGCUGCAGUUCUUAUGCUUUUUGUGUCUGAAUCUGCUGCGGCUGGCAUACAGCAAGACCUCCUCCAGCUGUGUGCAAAGCAAGACAGAAACACUAACACUGGUGAGUCAAUGAGGACUCUGAGUCUCACAUUUCUGACUGAUUUUAGGAGACAGGAAACAUUUAUGGUGCAUUGUGUUUUUAUUUCAACAGAAAAGGCGAGCCCCUUCAUCCUGUUGACUUUUAGAGAACCUCCGGAGAGAAUGGUGGCGGCUUUAUUGAGAUCCAAUCUGCAAAUAGACUGUCUUCUUGAGGCUGAGCCAAUGGUUCCUUUUGGUGCAGAGGACAUCACUGGUCUUGAAGACAACGUAGAUCCGGAUCUGAAUCUGGCUGAUAGCUUAACAUUGAUCAGAAGGACUAGUCAGGAUUCUCACUUACUCUCUUUGCUGGGUCUCGAGAAUGCAAGCCCUGGUCCCAGCACAGACCAGGAUGGUUCAAGUUCGGAUACAAAUGAAGACACAGCACCGCUCAUCCAGCAGGAGGACAUGUCACAGAAAGAGCUGGAGAAAGAAACAGACAGGGACUCAGGGACACAACUCAAACCAGAGGAGGAACACAAAGAACAAGAGCCCGAACCCCCCUCUGAGGUAAGAUACUUCCAACCCUUUUAGCCCCCGAGCCCUAGAAAAAGAAUCACAUCUGGGGAUGCACGUGUUUGAACGGGGGAGGGAUGUCCUUGCCUUCACUGAAUCACAGAAAGGUUGUCAUAGAAAGGCCAAACCAUGCUGAAUCUACAAAAGCAAGAUUUAAGAUCAAAGCUGUAAAGUCGUCCGAGGUUAGCACAAACUUCAUUUUGAGAUCCCUCAGGUUUCAAAUUUUUCUCUCUGAUCUUUUAGUUCAUACUUUUUUCUCAGUAAAAUAUUACAAUGUGAAUUUCCUUCCUCAGAAGAAAAAAGAGGAACCCACUCCUGUUUACACAGUGUGCCAUCGUAGAACCAAAGGAUCCUACUCUGUGUCUCUGUGCCGACCCGACCCCAGCUGGACUAAAUAUAAACAUCAGGGUCUGGCUCACAGGUAUGCAGUCUUCCAUUUCGUUUACUUUCAACUUGAGGAAUAAAAAUUGACAAUGUAAGGAAGCACAGAAUCAAGGCUGACUCAUCCUUGUCCUCCCACCUCUGCCCAGGUUGAUCCAGUUUCCUCCCCCACCUUUAAAAGGAGGAAUCACCGUCACGAUGGAAGACCUGCAGUGCCUUGACAGUGGGCAGUUCCUCAACGAUGUCAUCAUUGAUUUUUAUCUGAAGUAAGCGGCACAUUUUCAAAGAACAGGACUCAGGACUUUGGUGUUUUCUUACAUGUUUUUUGGAGAACAGAUAAAGUUUUAAAUGGAUGUUUUUUUUUUUACUAGAUACCUCCUCCAGAAUGCCUCCGAGGCUGUGGCCGAGCGUUGCCACAUCUUUAGCAGCUUUUUUUACAAGCAACUGACACGUAGGGACAACGCCAGUGAAGGCAUCACGAAUGACACGUAAGUAGUGAUUAAAAACUAGAGAUGCAAAUCCAAAGUAUCCAAUUUGAUCCUUCUUUGGAUUUGUUAAGGAUCUGAUUUUUCUUGUGACAAAAAUACCAAAUGUGUUUUUUUUCCCUUGGAGAUUUUUCACUGGAGUAAAAUGAAAAUAAUUGCGGCAGGCUCGUAUCAUCUCUGUGGAUAUAUAGUCAGACAGAGUGAGCCUCCAACUACAAAAUGUGGUGUUGCUACAACAAGAGAUCUGAAAAGAAAACAGUUUCAAACUCACAGGGUCCAGUUUUUUUUUGCAUACUUGUUCUUAUUGAUAAAAAAUGACAGUGUCCACAUCGACAUGUGUUGAUCAGGAGUGCAACCAGCUUACAAUCUGUUCUGCUUAGAAGGCAAUGAUGAUGCUGGUACGCCGAGACACUGAUGUGCCUGUUUUGCCAGUCUGGGAAAUCUCUGUGCAUGUCCUGUAAAAAGUUCCCAGCCUUCAUGUCCACUUUGUUACUGUUGUGUGGUGGUCCCCAAAAAGAGAGCUUGUGCAGACCUGCAGCAGGCCACAGCUUGGCUGAGCAUCUCUGCUGUGUGCAACGUGUUUAGCCAGUUGGUUUCCACUGAAAUAUGAACCCCAUCCUGAUAACAACAGUAACCAUGUAUGUUUGAGCAAGUUCUCAACUCAUACUCAAGUAAUUGUCAGUAUAUCAUGAUAAAAACAUACCCUUUGUAUGAUAUUUGUAUUUGAGUGUUCUGAAACUGCGCAGCAUGUGAGUAUGUGGACGUGAUCACAUGAAACUGUUUGUUUUCUGUAAACUUUCAGCUGUCAGAGACAGAGGCGGCACCAAAGGGUCAAAACAUGGACGCGUCAUGUGGACAUUUUCAAAAAGGAUUUCCUGUUUGUGCCUGUCAAUCAAGAGUAAGUAAAAUAUACAAAGAAGUGAAUUCAAAGUUUUUUUAAAAAUGUAUAUCAUGUGAGAUUUAAAAACCUUUUUCUUGUCUGUUCAGGGCUCAUUGGUAUUUAGUCGUCAUUUGCUUUCCUGGACUGAUGGAGCCAAAAUCGGAGGCGUGGAUGAGUUCAAACUCAGAGAAUGGAAAGAGCAACGAUGCAGCAGGAGAGGUACCGGAUCAGGAGGUGGCUCAAGGUUCUAAAAGCCCAAAUGAGAGCACAGAGAAAAACCCAACACUAGAAAAGAGUGACAGUGCGGAUACAGAGAUGGGUGAGUCUAAACAAAUGAGUCAUGACUGUCAUUUAUCACUUGGUGGCGUACCUGUUGAUCACAGCUGGUUUUGUUUGUUUAGAAAAAGCUGGAGAAAAAGCCAAAGACCCACCGCCUGGUCCAGUGGUAAGAAAAAGUUCUGUUGUACUCAUGAGGAAUAAAAUAUGUAUCCCUUUAUAGUACUGUAUAAAGUUUUAUUAACAAUCUUGUGUUUCUGGUUCUGUAAUAUCAGCUCACUUUGUUGCUAUUUUUGCGUUUGUAGACCUGCACAGAAAAGACCUGCAAGGCGACAGUAGUUUGCAAACGGUAAGCGUGCUGGUCCACUUAGUUAACGCUGUUCACCUGUAGCAUUUACUAUCUGGUAUAUUGAGAAAUGUUCAGUUUCUUGCAUCAAAUCUUAGAUAAUGUGUCUUGAAUUUCAAUCAUGGAGGCGUAUGGAUAUUUGUCAAAAGUGAUAUAUUUCCCCCUGCUGAAAAAAAACUGGCUGUAAUAAAGCGUCUGCUGUGUUUAAGUGAUAUUAAAGGUGUGUUUUGUCUCUGCAGGCCGUGCAUUCUUAUCAUGGAUUCACUUAAACUUUCUCUUCAUGAGCGAGUCUUCAAACUCCUGAGGGAGUAAGUAUGGCACUUUGAAUCCAUCAGUCUUUUUCCUGCAGAUGUUUUUGUGAACGUUUUUAAUUCAAUUUGUUUUAUUCCCUCAGCUAUUUACAGUCAGAGUGGGAGGUACGUCGAGGUUCAUCACGGGACUUUAGCACUGACCAGAUGCAAAGCUCACACUGCCAAGUUCCCCUUCAGGACAACAGCAGCGACUGCGGUCUUUACCUGCUGCAGUACGUUGAGAGUUUUUUGAAGGUAAAGAACUUUUUCACCCACAGAUUAGAUUGAUAAUGUAAAGAUAAUUAGAGUUCUUAAAAUGUUAAAUGGUAAUCUUCUUCCUCUUUCAGGAUCCUGUGGUUCACUUUGACCUCCCUCUAUAUCUACAACGAUGGUUUCCUCGGCAGCAGGUGCGAAGGAAAAGGGAUGAAAUCCGAGAUCUGGUACUUCACCUCUAUAGAAAACAAAACAGUUAGAUGCACAGAGCAGCUCUGCUGUUCAGUGUGUCACAUUCCUGUUGCCAUGAUACAUCUCUGCUCAUACUGAGUGACGGACAUUUCAGAGUGAAAUGAAGAUAUUUUUGUUAUAUUAGCGUUCUGUUUUUUAGUUUUUUUGCAUUGACUUGUAGGGCACUUGUAAACUUUUGACUAAGUGUGGGUCCUGUGAGGAAAGAUGAAGUUAUCAGUUAAUUUAAAACAAACAGGUAGCAGACCUUUAACAAAGACGAGUCCGACUGUGGGUCAUACCGAAAAACGUUGUACAUCCCAUGUUCAAGUUUUGUACACCCUCUGGCUUUUUAAAGAUUGUUUUGAUGUUUCAGGGUAUUUUAUAAAAACAUUUCUUUUGUAUUUAAUUUUUUUAUUACAUAGGAAUGAAAGAAAAAGAGUUGUGUAAAGCAGUGAUACCUAGUUUAGACAUCGGACUGUAAACAGUUUUACUUGCUUUGCCAAUAUUUCAUGUCACACGACACCCAAUAUUUCUGUCCCGUUAUGGGGUUUUCCAAUCAGAGUUGUUGCAUUCUUUGCAUUAUUACUCCUCUCUGGAUGUUUUAAAUUUGCGAAACACAUCGUACUCCAUAGAUUUGAAAGAUGAGCAUUUUACUUCAGUGUCACGCUCAGGGUAGGAAGCUCAAACACUCAUGUAUUCUGUUCUCCAGGUUUGCAGUUAAAGUUCUUAUAAUGAUUCUGAUACAUCAUGUUUAUUUCACAUCUUCUAGUGAAUAGUGAAAUGCUGGAGGGACAUUUUUAAAGGCAUCAGCAGCUGUAGUACAGAAGCUUAUACUAGCACUUACCUCUGGCUAGCAUCUCUGUUUUAUAAAGUUACCAAAAAAAGGAGGUAAUCCUCAGAUAAUGGGAGUCUUAGCUUGCAUUUGUUGAAAUUGGCUGUUGAGACUUAACUGCCUUUAGUUUUAAUGCUUUAAAAUGAAACCGUUUCUUAUUGCUUUUCACUCUCUGGUCAAUCAAGAAGCGGUGAAAUUGCUAAAUUUUUUGUAAUUCCCAUAUGAUUUUAGCACUACACGAUGACAGUAUUCGAGUCCCCCCCGAGUGUGAUGUGAGAGGAAACUGAUAAUCACUCGAAUGAAGUUCGUGAACAUUGAAAAAUGGUGGUCCAGUGUGGAAACAGAUGAUAAAAAUUAGUCACUUGCUGACUUGCAAAGUUAGCCUAGAUAAGAAUCAAAAUGAGUCCAAAGAUGCUGACAAACUAGGAUCAUCCACUCAGUUCUCUUUACAGCUAAACUGGUCUGGUGUAUACGAGCAGAAUUCUGUAUAUUCUUCUCAUAAUCAAGAGUCCAAAUGUAAUAUUGGGAGACAGACGUGGUGCCUGAUCUUAACUCAGCCCGCCAACAUCAGCAGGAUUAGACCAAACUGGGGCUGGCUAACUGACAUUAAUCAGUGUGGACAGAUCACACAUUGACAGAAACACCUCUCACCUUUUUUGGCAUCAUCAAUAUUUCCUUUGGAUUCAAAUUGCUGACUCACACAGAGCUGGUCACGCACAUUAUCCUGCCUACCAUAAAACCUGAACUUACCUGUGGUCUCUGCUUGACUCAGAGACAUUUCAUCACUAAUGCUGCCUCCUCAAAAGAGAUCGAUCUUUGAUAGCCUUUAGUUCAGUUCAUUAGUGUCUCUUUAAUGUUUUGUUUAAAAUGUUUUUAACAUUGUAUUGGAUGAAUGUACAGGAGCUGAAUCCACAUGAGCUGUGGUUUCGAUAGUGUAAUAAAUCUUGUAGACCAAACGACACCUGUUACUCUUUUGUUUUUGACUGAAGCCACAAAUCUUGAUACAAUAAAGCUUAAUACCUUUUGUUUC